AACAACASAGAUCCUCAAAGUAUCAAGAUGGCGGACAUAACAACUGCUCUUUUAGAUGAUCAGUAAUUGAAUGGUCUUUUGACACUUCAUUUCACUUCCAGUAUGACUUCCUUGAGGUCUUGUGAUCCAGAAUUAAGAGAGUACUUGCUGGAACAUCGUUUGCCAGACGUUUUUGAGGCAAUCCUGACUGCCCUGGCCAUCAACUGUCCUGACGAUCCACAUGAUUUCAUCAUAGAGAAAUUAAAUAUUCUUCUUACCGAGAAACRAGUGUUUGAUGACCUGCGAUGGGACACCUUUAUAGAGAAAAAGCUAGCAAAAAGGAAAUUUGCUUUAAGACGAAGAACUUUGGAUUUUCUCUGGUCAUAUGAAGAUGAAAAUUCACAGCCUACUCCAGAGAUGUAUCAAAGAGCAUAUAACCUAUACAAUGGCAAGCUAAAGAAUUCAUGUUUCAAGGCUUGGUUGAAGUUCCAUUACCACAUGAAGAGGAAGAAAAUGAUCCUUACAAAAAAACUCAAUGAUGCUCGAACUUGGUAUCGACUAAGAAUACUGAAGAUGAGACUCACAAAGUGGAUYGAAUGGGUUGCAAUAAGAAAAGAAAGACAGCGAGCUAUUUCAACAAGAAUACAAAGGGUCGUAACCAUAUCUCUACUGCGGCUUGUUUUCAAGGCGUGGCAGGGGGUAGCUGCUGAUGCAAGAAGAACAAAAGAAUAUUUUGAGAGAAUAGAGAAAGGUGAAAUCAUUGAUGGAGGAGAAGGAGGCUUCCUUGCUGUAAGUGCAGAAGGACCUAGUGACCAGAUAUCAACAUUACCAAGGCAUGUUGCACUUAGGGUAUUCAGUUUCUUGAGCGUAAGUGAUCUGGGACGUUGUUCRAGAGUUUGUCGUGCUUGGAAAAUGAUAGUACAGGCUAAUAUCUUAUGGAGCAAGGUUGACAUGUCCGAAGUCAAACACAGGGCUACCAAUAAAGUUACAUCCAAGCUUGUAAUCAAGUGUAGACCAUUUCUUGGUCACUUGAAUCUCAGAGGCUGUUAUCACCUCACCAAGGAGAGUUUGAGAAUCAUAAGUCAGUGCAGAAAUUUGCAAGAUCUUAAUCUGUCUGAUAUCACUGGUGUUAYGGAUGAUGUGAUGAAGGAAAUAGCAAUGGGAUGUACCAGUCUUCUUUACCUUAAUAUAGCAAGUUGUCAGAUAUCAGAUUCUACACUACGAUACCUUGCAAGGUAUUGUACCAAUAUGCAGUAGCAUUAACGUCAGACUGUCGUACUCUUCGAGGAAUUUCGAUCCUUAAUUCACCCUUCUUGUCUGAUACGGCCUUCAAAUGUCUGGCAACYUGUAGGCGAAUGAACAGAAUCCGUAUAGAAGGAAAUAAUCGUAUCACAGAUGCAUCGGUCAAAGUGCUGGCAAAGAGUUGUCCUUUGUUAGACCAUGUGUACCUUGUAGACUGUCCUCGACUGACUGAUCUGUCACUCAAAGCUUUAGCAUGCUGUAAACACUUGCAUGUCAUUAAUGUGGCUGACUGCGUAAGAGUACAAGACACUGGUGUACGUCAAAUAGUGGAAGGACCKUCCGGAUCCAAGAUCAAGGAACUCAAUCUAACAAACUGUGUUCGUGUUAGUGACGUCACGCUACUAAGAAUUGCUCAAAGAUGCCAUGCACUGGUUUACGCAAGCUUCUGUUAUUGUGAGCACGUGACCGAUGCAGGAGUGGAAUUACUCGGCACCCUCCCGUCCCUCAUAUCUCUCGAUUUGUCAGGUUGUAAUAUUCAAGACCAAGGUGUGGCAGCUUUGGGGAAUAACCCACAGUUUCGUGAUAUUAUCUUAUCAGAGUGCAGUAAUAUUACUGACCUAGGAUUGCAGAAAAUGUGCCAACAGUGUCGGAUGCUGGAGAACUUCGACAUUUCACACUGUAAUCGCAUCACAGACAACGCUAUCAAGAAUCUGGCCUUCUGCUGUCGUCUGCUGAGGACCCUCAACAUCGCAGGCUGUACUCUGUUGACGGAUUCUAGUCUUCAGUAUUUAUCUGGUGUUUGUCAUUACCUCGAAAGCCUUGAUCUGUCUGGAUGUGUUCGCGUCUCGGAUAAAGCUCUACGAUAUCUCAGGAAAGGAUGUAGAAAACUGAAUUCUCUGACCUUGCUCUACUGCAAAAAUGUCACAAAAUCUGCUGUACAGAAACUUCAUGUCAAAUGUGAAAAUGUAAUGCACAGCACAGAGGACCCGAGAGAUAUCAUGAGUUAUUCAUGAAAACAUGUAGAAUAUUAAAAUAGUGACAAAACUAUAUUAUGACAAUUGUAUAUACGGUCUAGAACAAUUUCUGGCAACUGAAACUGUGUAUUUAACUGUUGAAUAGACACACGGCGGACAAAGAAAGCCGUUAGGUAAAAUGCAAUGAAAUGCGCUAUCAAAUGAAAUAUUAACCUAAAGAAAUUGGGAAUAAAAAAGUAUGUAAAUAUGGAAA